AUGGUAUUAAUUUGUUUAUUAAUUUUUUUAAGUUAUUGUAGAAUAUAAUUAUAAAAGUAAUUUAUAAUUCAUUUUUAGUUUAAGCAUUAGAGUCUAAUAACAAUUAAAAUGAAAUUAUUUCAGUAUGUAAUAAAGCUAUUUAAAAGUUUCCUGAUUAGCUACUAUUUUUACAAAAAAAGGUGUAAAAUUUCAUAAAACUUUUAGGUUAAAUUUUAUAUAAAUUGAGAUUAUAUCUUUAAGGUAUGAAAAUUUUUGAUGAUUUAAGUUAGAGGUAAACAAAAGGUUAAUUAUGAAAAAUGAAAAUUUAUAAAUAUCAAUUUAUAUUAGUAAUAUCGUUAAGAAAAUAUCAUUUAAUUAUUGAAAAAUUUUGUAAGAUAGUGAUAAAAAAGAUAAUUUAAAUAGAGUAGGUUUUAAUAAAUAUAAUUAAUUAUCAAGAUUAGAUAAUUGAACAAAUUUUGCUAUGUUAUAUUUAAGCCCUUUAAGAAACUGAUGAUGAAAACUUAAAAACUUAAAGAAGUAUUUUAAAAAAGUGAUUUUUUAAGUAAAAUUUUUAUAUUAAUACAAAUUAAUAUUGAUUACAAUUGAUAUUAAUUAAAAAUUAAAAAUUGUUCAUUUCAUAGAUAAAUAAUUAUUAAGAGAUAUCCAGAAAAUAUAGAAGUAUAUAUAGUAUUAAAGGUAUAAGAGAAUUUAUUUAGCAAAAAUCUUACAAUAAGAAAAAAUUUGGAGAGAUUAUAGAAUUGUAGAUUGA